ACCACUCUUUUUCUCGGCCAUUCCCACUGUCCACGAUUAUCAUCCUCAAGGCUACUUGGAAAGAUGUCAGAGAUCCUGCUGGGAGCUCAUACAUUGACAUCUCAUGGAGUGAAGGUGGCCAGAAUACAUCUAUAUGACUGGCUAAUUCUUGUAUUUCUUGUUGUUAUUGAUGGCCUUCUGAAUUUUAUUGAGCCCUUUCACCGCUUUGUUGGGGAAGAAAUGAUGACAGAUUUGAAAUUCCCCUUCCACAAAGAUACCAUCCCUUUCUGGGCUGUUCCAUUUCUUGCAGUAUUGCUGCCUUUAGUUAUUUUUUCCAUAUACUACUAUUUCAGGAAGGAUGUAUAUGAUUUCCAUCAUGCUGUACUAGGUCUUCUAUUUUCUGUCCUGGUAACUGGAGUUAUAACGGAUUCAAUCAAAGAUGCUGUUGGUAGGCCGAGACCAAAUUUCUUCUGGCGCUGUUUCCCUGAUGGAAAGGCGGUGUUUGACAGAAUUAUAGGGGAUGUUGUUUGUCAUGGAAAUGAAAAGUAUAUAAAGGAAGGAUACAAAAGCUUUCCCAGUGGUCACACUUCAUGGUCUUUUGCAGGUCUUUCGUUCCUUUCAUGGUAUAUGUCAGGAAAAAUUAGAGUGUUUGAUCGUAGAGGCCAUGUUGCAAAACUCUGCGUCGUGUUUUUACCAGUACUUGUUGCUGCUCUUGUGGGUGUUUCUCGGGUGGAUGACUACUGGCAUCACUGGACAGAUGUUUUCGCUGGAGCUCUUAUAGGAUCAACCAUGGCAGCAUUCUGUUACUUGCAAUUCUUUCCUUCUCCACAUAAUGACGAAGGUUGGGCACCUCAUGCAUAUUUCCAGAUGCUGGCAGACAGGCAUGCUGCUCAAUCUUCAGGAACCAGAGCCAUCUCUCCCCAUGGUCGUAAGCACCAAACACAUAUUGAAAUACUACCUAUGGUAUCAGGCAGUGGAUCAGUAGAUUCAAGCCCCGAUAUUGAAGCAAUGACCCCUUGGAAAAAGACAUUGAUUUGAAAGUUUUUUUUUUGUCUGAAAGAUGUUCAAUUUGAAGUGCUAAUACUGGUUCAGUUGACUUGUAAAUACUUCAGCAGGCUACUCUAAUUUCUGAAACUGAAUGUUGAAUUCUAAUUGAUGUUGCAAUUGAA